AUGAAUAUAAAUAGUAGUAGUAAUAGUAAUAAUAAUAAUAAUAAUGAAAAUAGAUUAGAUGAAAUAGAAUUAGAAGAAAUAUCAGAUGGUUCUUUAAAUGCAAUUUCCAAUAAUGAAAUUGGUUCAGAUUCUUUGGGUAAUUCCCCGAUUCAACCUAACAAGAGCGAGACAGAUGAUUCUGUGAAAAUCGAAAUACUCGAUGACAAUGCAAAACCUGUAAUAGUGGUAGACGACUCUGUAAAUCAAAAGAAUAGCAAUAGGUUUCUAUCACCUAUCUACCGAUACUUUGAGAAGUGGACAGGCAUUCAAAAUCAAACGUCACCUCCAAUGGUACCUUUUUCAGAGAUGUUUUGGAGUUGGCUUGGUUCGAUGGUUGGAAUGGGCUUGUUGGCAGCACUUCAUUACUAUGUGCUCAAUAAACAGGACCUAGUACUGCUGAUCGGUAGUUUUGCAGCUUCUGCAGUUUUGAUAUACGGUGCCUACGCAGGUCCACUUUCACAGCCACGUAACCUCAUUGGUGGUCAUCUGAUAUCUGCAGUGAUCGGAGUUUCCAUUCGAAUUGCAUUCGUCGAUACACUGGGACUGUACUCAGUGGGAUCGUUCUGUGCCGUUGCCUUUUCUAUCGUUGCGAUGCAACUAACAAGGACUCUUCAUCCUCCAGGAGCUUUUGUAAAGUUUAUUCAUGAAAGAAAACAAUUGAAAAGUAUAAAGUGGCAAUACGUUUUGAAUGAUCCAAAGAUACUAUUGCAACACGGCUACCUGUCAGAGUUGAAUGUGUUGUUGGAUCGACCCUAUAUCAUUGAUGAUUACGAUGGUUUCAAAUUGAUAGAACCACAUUUUGCUUUAUACAUUCAAUGUUUACCUACGCUUAGAUUUCUAUUCUCAAAGUAUCGAGAAAAGAAAGCAUUUUGGAUUUCAUUGAUCUACUUGACGAUUAUGAAUCACAAUAAAGAGUCUACAAUGUUUUUAGUAGAGAAUAUCGAAUCAAUUGGCGAUGAUGUGAUGGAGUCGGUGUUGGUUGCUGCCUUUAAACAGCCAUCUAUAGAGAUAAUCGACUAUCUUUAUAAGCGAGUAAAGUCGUACCAAUACUUGGAAGAUUCAAUAGUUGUCAUUGUGGAGAAUGGUCAGAUCAAUGCAUUGAAAUAUCUUUACGAGUAUGGACAUCUUCGAUCGGUCUCAGCAUCGAAAAUACUUUAUACCGCAGUUGUAUAUAACUAUUAUGAACUGGUACAUUUCAUUGUAGAGAGAUUCCCAGAUGCAAGAAUCAAGUCAGAUCUAUUACCACUCAUUGCAAAAAACUGUGAUUUGGCUAUUUAUCAAAUGCUUUUGGAAAGAGGAAAUGAAGAUACAGGUGAAAAUCACCCUCUACAAUGUUUCACUUAUGUCAUUGAUAUGGCAGCAGAAAAUAAUCGAUUAGAUACUAUCAAGUGGUUAACAGAGAACAAACCGGAUGUAUCUCGAAUAUGUUCAGUGAAAGCAAUGGAUGUUGCAGCUACAAAAGGAUACCUGGAAUUGGUUCAAUACCUCCAUUUUAAUAGAAGUGAAGGGUGUUCAAAGAUAGCAAUGGACAGAGCCGCUAAAUCAAACCAUUUGGAAAUUGUUAAAUUCUUGAAUGAAAAUAGAAGUGAAGGUUGUAGUUACAAAGCAGUGGAUCGAUCUGCAAAGCAUGGGCACUUCCAAAUGGUCAAGUUUCUUUGUGAUAAUCGAUUAGAAGGAUUCACCAGGAAAGCAAUGAAUUACGCUGCAUCCAAUGGUCACUACGAAAUGGUUGUAUAUCUCUAUCAAUGGGGAGAAGAUAUGUGUAAUCCAGUUACAGCUUUGAUGAACUCAGCAAAAGGUGGCCACUUUGAAAUCUUCAAGUUCCUCUUUUCUAAACUGACAGUCGAGGAUCAGAUGAUCAGCGAUCGAUACGUUGAUAAACCAUUAAAUGAUUUUCUACAAUACAAUAGCAAAGAAAUCAAUCGAUUUCUGUUUGAUGAGAGUUAUCAAUUGGAUGUGGAUCAAAAGGAUGUUGAUCGUCUGGUACAAUUAGGAUGUCACGAUAGUCUAAGAGUCGUUUAUCAAUGGAGUGGUGGUAGUUUUUUCAAUACCAAUUCAAUGACUCUGGCAAUUAAGGAGCGAAAACUCAAAGUAUUGAAAUUUAUCAAUAAGAAUUGUCCAGGAAUCGUUGAGCCGAAAUCAAUCGUAACGCAUGCAUGUCUGUCAGGUGAUAUCGAUAUCAUUCGGUAUGUUCUUUCCAAAGACUUUAGUACCACUACCGACAAUGAAGUCAAGUUUGUUUUUCAACUACUGCUCGACUACAAGUGUAGUUUACUUUCGGGACAUGUUUUAUAUGAGACAAUCGAGCUGAUGAUAGACAAAUAUCAAUCACGUGUCACCACAAACGAAUAUAAAAUAAUAACACCAGUUAGAGCAGGUGAUAUAGAGCUAGUUAAAUUAUUAUAUUCUAAAGGGAUCAAAGCAUUCGAUAAGACUCUAUUGUUUCAUAUUGCAAACAUUGGUCAUAUAGAGAUAGCCAAGUUCUUUCAUGACAAUGGCAUUGAGCAAUCGAUUACGGGUUGUCUAGAAAAGUCGAUCAAGAAUUUCGAGAUGUUCGAGUAUCUCUAUCUUAACUACCCAAGUCAACCACCUAUUAACUACCUCAAUGCCAUUGAAAAAGCUAUCAGGAAUGGUUGUCUCAACGUUGUCAGAUAUCUUCACGAACAUCAUGAUGAUCACGACAUUUUCACACCACAACUCACACAAUUGGCAAAUGAUUUUAAGCGUGCAGAGAUUGAAAAAUUUCUACUGAGCAUCUCUUUACAUACAAAAUAA